AUGUCUGUCAACCCAGCUCACGUCAAUCCCCUUGAUUGCAACGAAGUCUCCGAACAGUGCCCCGUCAAAGCUUCGAUCUAUGGGUACUAUCCUAUUCUGGCAUCCAACGCCUUUUUCUGUGCCCUCUUCGGACUUUGCUUCAUUGUCAAUCUUGGCCUCGGCUGGCGCUAUAGGACCUGGUCCUACACGCUUGCAAUGUCCCUUGCGUGCAUAUCUAGCUGCAUCGGCUAUGUUGGUCGAUGUCUCAUGCACAGCAAUCCAUUCGACUCCGUCGGCUUCGAGAUUCAGAUCUGUUGCCUCACGUUUGCCCCGGCUUUCAACUCCGCUGCUAUCUAUCUGAUUUUGAAGCACCUAGUCUUGCAGCUCGGCAGAGAAUGGUCAAGGAUCAGACCGAAAUAUUACACAUGGGGUUUCAUUACAGCCGACUUUCUUGCCCUAACUCUGCAAGCAGCGGGUGGAGGUAUUGCAGGAUCUGCCGGAGACGACGAGAAUUUUCGAGACGUUGGGGAUAGACUCAUGAUUACUGGUAUCUCUUGGCAGGUCCUGACUCUGCUCAUCUUCGCUGUGGCUGUCGCAGACUAUUCGAUUCGACGGGUGAAAUCUCAGCCUCUUUCCGAAUCUGCGCAGUCUCUGAUCAGCGAUUCGAAGUUCCGGAUCUUCGUGGUGGCACAACUGGUCGCGUACCUUGCCAUCUUGAUUCGAUGCGUCUAUCGAGUGGCUGAGAUGGCGAAUGGCUGGCGCAAUCCGAUCAUGCAGGAUCAAAGCCUCUUUAUCGGACUUGACAGUGUACAGGUCGGCUCUGCCACAAUCAUUCAGACAUUUCUCCAUCCCGGUUAUUUCUUCCCAGCACUUGCCAGCUAUGGAAAGGAGAAGAAGGUCCGAAAGACAAAUAAUGUCACUGGGGAGGCGAUCAGUAGCGAGACCCAGCUGGAAAAGGCCACGGUUUAG